AGUGUCUCAUAUGAUCUAGAAGAUAGAGUGGGUAACCAAAUUGAAUUUUUAAACACUGAGUUCAAAGCUACAAUGUACAAUUUGCUGGCCUACAUAAAACACCUGGAUGGUCAAAAUGAGACAGCCCUGGAAUGCUUACAGCAAGCUGAAGAGUUAAUCCAGCGAGAGCAUGCUGACCAAGCAGAAAUCAGAAGUCUGGUCAUCUGGGGAAACUAUGCCUGGGUCUACUAUCACAUGGGCAGGUUCUCGGAAGCACAAGAUUAUGUAGACAAGGUGAAACGAACCUGUGAGAAAUUUUCAAAUCCUUACAGUAUUGAGUGUCCCGAGCUUGAUGGUGAGGAAGGGUGGACACGGUUAAAGUGUGGAGGAAAGCAUAAUGAAAGGGCGAAGGUAUGUUUUGAGAAGGCUCUAGAAGAGAAACCCAACAACCCAGAAUUUUCCUCUGGACUGGCAAUUGCGAUGUACUGUCUAGAUGAGAAACCACAGACGCAGUCCCCUGUUGAUACUCUGAAGCAGGCCAUUGAGCUGAGUCCUGACAGCCAGUAUCUUAAAGUUCUCUUGGCCCUGAAACUGCAGAAGAUGAAUAGAGAAGCUGAAGGGGAACCAUUGGUUGAAGAGGCCCUGGAGAAAGCUCCUUCUCAAACAGAUGUCCUUCGCAGUGCAGCCAAAUUUUACAAAACAAAGGGUGACCUAGACAAAGCUAUUGAACUGUUUCUAAGGGCAUUGGAAUCCAUGCCAAACAAUGGUUACCUCUACCACCAGAUUGGAUGCUGCUACAGGAAAAAAAUCAUGCAAAUGCAGAAUACAGAAGAAUAUGUAGCUAAUGGGAAUAGAGAGAAGAUUGAAGAACUAAGGGAAUGUGCUGUAGACUAUUUGAAGAAAGCUCUUGAGAAGGAAUUAAAUUAUCCUUUGGCAUACGCCAAACUCGCUGAACUCCUGGCACAAAGAGGUCAGUACAGAGAAGCAGAAGAAUGUUACCAGAUAGCGUUCAGUAAGGAGCUCACCGACACUGAGAGGCAGCAACUCCAUCAGUGCUAUGGCAAUUUUCAGGAAUAUCACAUGAAGUCUGAAGAUACUGGUGUCCAACAUGAUUUGGAGGGUUUGCAGAUAAGCAAAAAAUCAGCAGAGAAGGAAAAAAUGAAAUGCCAACUGCAGAACACAGCUGGAGAUCAGCUUUUAUUUAAUACAGCAAAUUACUGGUAUCACCAAGGAUUAAUUCACAAGGAGAAUGGAGAUGUGCUGCAAGCAGUGGAAUGCUAUGAGAAGGAGCUGGGCUGCCUACUA